AGGCAAGGGAGCUGGAGAAAGGCGCAGCAGCUUCUGCAGAAACAGGAUGGCAUCAGCAGGGCACAUUGGCAGUGUCUUGGUGACAGGGUGCAACCGAGGCAUUGGACUGGAGCUGGUGAAACAACUCCUUGGGAAGCCCAAUCCUCCGCAAGUGGUGUUUGCAACCUGCCGGGAUCCAGAAGGGGCCAGAGCACAGGAGUUGAAGGCUCUGGCAUCCAAACACCCCAGUCUGGCAAUUCUACAACUCGAAACCACUGACGAAGAGAGUGUCCAGGCAGCUGCCAAGAAAGCAGAGGCUCGCCUUGGGGGGUCUGGGCUGAACCUGCUGAUCAACAAUGCUGGCAUCAUGCUACCGUGCACUUUGGAGUCGGCAACUGCAAAAGACAUGCUGGACGUCUACAAUACCAACCUUGUUGGUCCAAUGUUAGUGACCAAGGAAUUCUUGCCUUUACUGAAGAAGGCUGCCCAUGCCUCCCAACAGAAAGGCAUGAGCUGUGGGAAAGCUGCCAUCAUUAACAUGUCCACCAUUGGGGGAUCCAUUGAGAAGAUACCUGAAACAUACUUCCUCAUGCCAGUCAUCUCCUAUCGCUGCAGCAAGGCUGCUUUGAACAUGCUCACCAAGUGCCAAUCGAUGGGCUACAAGGAGGAUAGGAUCCUGUGCACAGCCCUUCAUCCUGGCUGGGUGAAGACAGAGCUGGGAACUGAUCAGGGUAACCUGACUGUCAAGGAGAGUGUGAGUGGCAUUAUGAAUGUGCUUUGCAACCUCUCUGAAAAAGAGCACGGGAUCCUGGUGACUUGGGAAGGAAAGACUUUGCCGUGGUGAGACCCAAGAGUACUGAAGGAAGGACCAAGGGAUGUUGAGCAUGGAGCACCCAGAUGCUUUAUGUAAGAGUUGAUACCAUGAGUCUUAUGAAUAAAAAUUGAA